AAGUGCAUGACUGACGCUAACCGAAGAAACGGAACCUUAUCUGCUUCUGUUGCAUUAAUGGUCUUGGUGAGAAAUUCCGAGGACGAACACACAUUUUGAGUGGUUAAAGAUCACGAUGGCUUCGCCUCUCUCGACUGGAUUUCAGUAUAUUCAAAUGCACAGCCAUUCUUUCAACAAGUAUCAAAUUAGAGCAACAUCCUCUGCCGCACCUGGUGUCGAUCUCACAACCCUCGAAUCCGCCAUUGCUAAGAAAGACAGUGAUGGAGUGAAAGAGGCGCUUAAUCAGCUAAGUGAAGUGGGUUGGGCCAAGAAAUGGAGUUCUCAGCCGUAUGUUUCCCGUCGUCCGACGUCUCUAAGGGAGCUAACAACUCUUGGAAUUAAGAAUGCGGAGAAUCUUGCAAUUCCAAGUGUCAGAAAUGAUGCUGCUUUUCUUUUCACAGUGGUGGGAACGACAGGAUUUUUGGCUGUUCUCGCUGGCCAACUUCCCGGGGAUUGGGGCUUCUUUGUACCAUACUUGAUUGGAAGCAUUUCUUUAGUAGUCUUGGCUGUGGGUAGCAUUUCACCCGGGCUUCUUCAAGCUGCGAUUAGUGGCUUUUCGUCCUUCUUUCCAGAUUACCAAGAGAGGAUUGCUGGACAUGAAGCUGCUCAUUUUUUGAUUGCUUAUUUGCUUGGGCUGCCAAUCCUGGACUAUUCGCUGGAUAUUGGCAAGGAGCAUGUCAAUCUCAUUGAUGAAAGGUUGGAAAAACUGAUAUAUAGUGGUCAGCUUGAUGCUAAGGAACUAGACAGAUUGGCAGUUGUAGCAAUGGCAGGACUUGCGGCUGAGGGUCUGCAAUAUGACAAAGUGAUUGGUCAAUCUGCGGAUCUUUUCACUCUACAGAGAUUCAUAAACCGCAGCAAACCAACGCUAAGCAAAGAUCAGCAGCAAAAUCUUACCAGAUGGGCUGUUUUGUUUGCUGGAUCUCUCUUAAAAAAUAACAAGGUGAUUCAUGAAGCCUUAAUGAAGGCAAUGUCAAACAAGGCAACUGUAUUGGAGUGCAUUGAAGCACUUGAGAAUGCUGUGUAGUUCUACCGCAAGGUACUUCAGACAAACAUAUCGAAAAUAACUAUGGAAUUUUCAUUAUUUCGUUACGAUAAAAAAAAGUAGAAAACCAUGUUAAUUUAUGAUACAUAUAUCAGAGGACAUUAUUCUUUAUUUGCA